GCCAUUGGAACCUUCGGCUCCUCGACAAGCAGGCUAUGUCGGACGAUGCUCCCAGUGACAGGCCACAUCCGUAUGGGAGCUGGGUGCACUACUGGCAGCAGGUGGAGGAGGAGGUGCCCACCGACCAGCAGCUUGUGGCAGACCGAGGAGCCCGUGUGACGGUCACGAAGGAGGAGUUGACGCAGGCGAGAGAGAGGAUGCUCGUCGUGUCCCGCAUGGGAGCCACUCGUCGCUUGCGGGAGUCUGAAAGGAGGAGGUGUCGUGGCGGCGGUCGCGGAGGUGGUCGUCGGGGCGGUCGCGGGCGAGGCGGGCGUAGAGGUCCUGGCGGGAGGCGUAGUGUCGCGAGUCGUGGAAGGGCAGUGGACGAGCUAGUACGCAAGCCUCGACAGCGAUGGGAUGAGGGAGACUUUUUGUACGAGAGCUCGUCCAGCGAUGACGAGGAUUUCUUUGGGACUGGCAGGCCUGCACAGGAUGGCGACAGCGAUUUCGACGACCGUCACCCGAACGUGGGCGACGACGAUGGCGCCAGUGGAGAUGAUCACGGUGACGGAGGAGAUAGGCCACGACCUGCACAUGGUGACACGAUGCGCGCCGACRGGGCAGGGGGCGAGCACCGCACAGCAGUAGAUGACGCUCGAGAUGGAGUGCAUGAUGAUGGUUCACGACCUGUCUCGGGCGGUGACCUGAGGCGCUUGAAACGCGGACCAAGGGAAAAAGACACUAUCGCUUCACAUGUGCGCAAACGUCAUGGUGGGGUUGCUAGCAUUCCACUAUCACGAGUCCCCGCAACUGGGCAGAUUCCAGUUUCUGAGGACUCUUUCAACGAUCACGGCGGCGAGGAGCGGAUCGAGCUGCAUAGCGGGAGCGGUCAUCCACGAGCGGCGGAGCAAGAAAGUAUGCUCCCACCUCGCAGUGUUCAACCGCGGCCACCGCCUGCAUUGAUGGAGGGGAGUCAGGGGACCGUUGUUGUGUGUCAAGGCGACGAUCUCCCGGAACGUGAUAUCUCACACACUCCCGCAGCCGAGCAGAGCGCCGCAGACCAUGUCGGCCUCGCAUGCCCCACUGGCAAUCUUCCGGGUACCGACGAGUUACUGACCAUGGACUCUGCGCUCGUUUUUCAACCGGACUUGUCGACGUUGAUAUCCCCAGAUCUUCCCCAUGUGUCACCGCCCAAGCCACAACAGCCUGUUGUCAUGGAGCGUGAAUCGGACGGGUUUGACGUGGCAGGAGGCGAUAUCGCCGAUAUGAUUACGAGCCCAAUGGUGUCUGUCACGCCCAUAAUUUUUCGUGUUGGCAAACUACGCGAGGUGGCCCUUGGUUUGGCGGAGACGGCGACGCGACACCGCCGCGACGGUCAGCGCAGCAUCGCACGACGCAGUCUUUCUCAUUCGUUUGACGGCGCAGAGGAAGGGUCUCCUGGUGGGCCAGUUGACACACUCGAAAGAGAAGCAAGACCCCCAAGUCCGCCGUCMAACUUAGAGCAUCAUCCGAUUGCCGCGGCUGUCGGCGCAGAUGCGGGCGUCCCCGCCACAAACAGUGGCGCGGAUGCGACAAAACAGCUUGUGGUUGGGUCAUCGGCGACAGCACGGCGCGACAAAGCCACUAUUUUGCCGACAGUGGCAUUCUAUGCCAGCGGGAAGAGUACUGGGGGGAUGGAUGAGCAGGGAGUCCGGAAUGUUGGCAGGCCAUCUGCACCGUCUAUGGGGAAACGAUCCAUUGGGAGUGUGGAUGGUGCUCGGCACACCGCCAUGGCCGAGUUUGAGGACCGACACGGGAGUGCUUUGGCGACGAAGACGUCUGAUGUCCAUGCUACGAGAGCCGCAAAGGCGAGUCUUUCUCAGGCAAGGAAGAAGGCCUCGACAAGGAAGGCGUCACGUUCAUCCUCACAUAUGCGUUCCCGAGAGAGAGGAUCGGGCGUUGUGCAUCUCGAGGAUGGAGAGAUUGCACCUGACGGCGACGCAUUGGAUGUUGGAGGGAGGGAUGCAACGACGGCGGAUAUCGUCGGCAGGGAGGGCACAGGGAAUGCAGUGGCAGGUCAGAAGAGACGCGGCAGUGUACUUAUCGUCCACGACGACAGCACAGAUGUCGCCCCGGGAGAGACCACAGGCACUGAUGAUGCAGGGGACUCCGAUUACGUACCCAAACCACGGGCGGCAGAUGGAGAUGAUGGAGGAGGGCGACGAGUGAGACUGAGGACACGACUCGGGCCGCAAGGGCAGCGAGCACAGGGCACACCAUAGGCGAUGAUUCCUGCCCCCAUAGAUCGG